AUGAGAAAUUCCUCGUCCUGGAAUCCCUUUCAAAUUUCUCGAGGCCGAAUCCGACUGGCGAAAGAAGAGCCCAGAGCGCUCUCCUCUCUACCAAUCUGUGACAUGCACAGCCACACUCAACGAGGCCUGCGCGACCAUCGUCACGAGAAGAGCGCGGACAGUCUGCGGCUCCGGCUUCCUGCUCCACCACCACCACCACCUCCUCCUCCUCCUCCUCGACGGUCCUCGAGGGAACGAGAGAAGGUGAGAGAUGAUUCUAGAAUCCCAAGGACGAUUUCAAGAGGCCACAGGCUGUCGAAGACAAGGCAUGGCCGUGCCAGCUCAGCCGGAUGGGAGCCUUCACUUCCAAGGCCCCCGCCAUGUCGACAGGUCACAAGCCCAUCGUCUGACGUUGCCGGCGACGGUCGACCAUGGACUCCGACAGCGGAAAAGUGUCGACGCCUCCUCCUUCGUCGGCAGCAGGAGUCGUCGACGCUGGACGGACCGACAGGUCCUGGAUCGAUCGACGGGGAGAACGAACCGGGACGUGCGGUCACGGCAAGCAGAUGCCUUUCUGCCAAAGGUCAUCGCUCCGCUGCCAAAGGACUUCCGCACAAUCGUGCGGAGGCCUGCGCACUGUUUCUUCCCGGAUAUAGUGAAGGAAAAGUUUCCAAUGGUGCCCUUGGUCCUACCUUAAACCAAAUGUAA